AUGGAGCUGUCACUCAAGUCUGUAGAAGUCAUGCCUAGUCAGCACAGACAAGUCAAAGCAUUGAGCAUUGAUGUACCUACAACAGAGGUUGAACAUGCCCUAAAUGGGCACUUGGAGGUGGAGGUGGAGGUAGUGCCAUGUGAAGCAGGCAGUGGUCAGAUGGAUGAACCUGAAGACACAAACCUGGAAAUGUCAAACAGCCAUACAGACAAGACCAGCACUAUAGGCAUGCAUGGUCAACUCAUUGACAUGACAAGGGAUCUACAUCUACUUGAACCUGGUAGUGAGACUUUCAAUCUCACAAUUAAUUCUACAAAUCUUGAGGACAGUUGCAUCAUCGAAACUACACUACAAAUGCCUGUCAGAAAUGAUCAACACAUCCAAACAUGCAGUGGUCUGAUCGCCAAUGCAGUGCUCACUAGCAAGCCAAAAUGCCUCGAAGAACUUCAAGAGGCCAAGUGGCCCCAACCCAAACAGGAUUGCAUGCAAGUGAUGCAACAAGAGACCUAUGAAGGUCAGCACACAUGGAAAGUCUCAAUUGAUGAGACUGGGGGUGUAGGCGAAGAUGGUGAGGGUACCUCCCACUAG